CGAUGACACCUGGCCUGCCUGGUGCACAGGUGGGUGUGAGGACGGAGUGACACGAAGCAUGUGAAGGUGACGGCUUCAGACACUGACGAGCUAAGGAGCUGGGGGGGGAGGGUGCAUAAAUGUGAGUGUGUAUGGCUGUUAGUGUGUGGGUGUCUGCUAGUGUAUGUGAGUGUGUACAAGUGUGUGGGUGUGCAGAGUUGGCAUGUCUGAGUGUGUGCACAUGUGAGAGUGUUUGUAGGUGUGUGAGUGAGGGGGUAUGUGUGUGCCUGAGGGUGAGUGAUUAGAGGCCUCAGUUUACUUUGUCCUGGAUACACGCAGAGAGGGCGUCGCCCCUCCUGCAGGUGCCGCCGGAGACCCAGUGGAGCGAUGCUCGACUCUCCUCCAGCAGCGAGGCCACUAAUACCCUGUCCCCACUCUCUGUCCCUCCACCCUGGGCCAGCGUCCCCCAAAUAAGGAGCUGACGGUCCAAAGUCGCUAAGGGACCUCACAGCUAAGGGACCUCAGGCAAAGCACCUGACUUCUGUGAGCUUCAGUUUCUUCCUCUGCGAAAUGGGCGUAUGGAGCUGUUGUUGCUGCGCUCAGCCAGGGGUCCGGUCGUGGUGGUUAAAUUAAUGCUGUGUACUUUGUGCCUAGACGCCGGAAUCUCCCCGUCCCCACCGCCCCCUUCCCUGACCUUCAGCCUCUGUCACCAGGUGGCGCGGGAGGCCUGAGGGCCAGAAAUUGCCCUCCCCAUGCCCCUGCCCUUCCCUGUCGCCCCCAGUCCCUCGCAUCCCAGCCCCCCGCCGGGGCUGGCGCAACAGGUGCGCGGGGCUGGCGGCCGCACAGGGGCGGGGGGGAGGCCCUCUGCGCGCUGCGCUCGGGGCUCGGGGCGCGCUGUCCCCGGGGCGCGCUGUCCCCGGGGCCCCCCCGCCCGCCGAGCUGCCCGCGGCUGGCAGGAGCAGGAGCAGGAGCAGGAGCGGGCGCGGCGCGGGAGGCGGCGGCGGCGGUGGGGACGACCGGGCGGCGGCGGCGGCUGAGCGCGCGGAACCGCAGCCCCUUGCCCUCCCCUCGGCUAGCCCAUCGCCCGCCCGCUGCGCCCGAGCGCGCGGAGCCCCCCGACCCGCGGAGACAUGAGCGCCCGGCGGCCCGACGCACCCGAGGCGCAGCGGCCCGGCCCCGCGGCCCCGUGAUGGGCUCCUGCGUGUCGCGAGAUCUGUUCACAAGUGCCCACAAGGACUGCCCCAUGCCCCAGGGCACGGAUGCCCUGAACCCAGACUUGCCUUCCAGCCACCCACCCACCACUGCUCCAGACCACGUCACUGGCAAGGACAAACAGAUGGAUUUCUGUUGGGAUCCUUGGCAGAGGUGCUUCCAGACCACCAACGGCUACCUGUCCGACUCCAGAUCUUGCUCCAGCAAUUACAACGUGGCAGCCCUGGCCACCUCGUCCCUUGUGGGGGUGGUGCAGAGCAUCAAGGACCACAUCACAAAGCCCACGGCCAUGGCGCGUGGCCGCGUGGCCCACCUCAUCGAGUGGAAGGGCUGGAGCGCCCAGCGGUCCGGCUGGGAGCUGUCCCCAGCCGAGGACGAGCAGUACUGCUGCCUCCCGGACGAGCUGCGCGAGGCCCGCUUUGCUGCAGGGGUCGCAGAGCAGUUUGCCAUCACGGAGGCCACACUGAGCGCCUGGUCCUCACUGGAUGACGAGGAGCUGCACCCCGAGAACAGCCCCCAGGACGUCAUCCAGCUACAGGACCUGGAGAGCAUCUAUCUUCAGGACAGUCUUUUGAGUGGCGCCUCGCAGGAUGACAGUCUUCUGGCCUUCUCCUCCCCUGGCCUCUCCCCCGACGACGGGCCCUCACCCGAGGAGCCCCCCAUCACCACUGCUGCCCCCCAGCCCCCCAGCCCGGAACAGCAGCAUCGACGGCGGCUGCCGGGGGGUCCAGGGCCUGAGGGCAGUGCCCACCUGCAGGGCUCCCUCCCCUCGGUGGACAGCGGCUCGCUCUCGGAGGAGGAGGAUGAAGUGUUCUAUAACUGAGCUGGGGGCCGUGCUGCCCGGAGCCCGCUCCCACCGUGACCCUGCCUGGUGGGCGGCCCAGGCUUAUCAGGACGCCAGGGUCUGGGCGGGGCAGCUCGACCCCUCAGGGCAGGCAUGGGGCGGGUGCAGCAGGGGUUGGGGGCCAGCACUCCCUGUGGACCACUCUGUGCCUCCAUGGACCGGCCCCCAGCCGUGGGAGCCAUAACCCCCCUCCUCCCUUCUUUACGUGGCUCAGGGGGCACCUUCCCUGCGGGGUUUCUGCCAUCAGGGAGUGCAAGGACUCUCAGCAGACGCCGGGGCAAGCUGCCCAGGGGAGCUGACAGCCAGGCCCCGGACAGACAACCACGUGAGGGCUGGGGAGACCCACUUGGAGCGGGGCCUGGGGACCCUGCCUUGACCCGGGGCUCAGUCCCUCCUCCUCUCCGUCUGUGCUUCUGCCCCCAUCGGCAGUGGGGUAGCCUCCUCAGCUGUCGUCACGAGGACACCUGUCUCCUUGGCGUGUCUGUCCGUCCCUCACUCUCUGCACCCUGGCGCCCCUGCCUCCUUGCACCCUCCUCCCACCUCCUUCAAGGUUCUCUGAAGACAUUAAAGUGGUGGAUUCACCCUGGA